AGUUGAAACCAUGGCGUCACUAGUGACGGACGACGAUGCGUUAGCCAUAUUGGGCUUAUCGCUCGCAAUUAAGAAAACAAAAAGGAAAGAUCGUUCGAUGUGGUGCAAAAACUGGUUAAUGAAACGAAAAAAAUUAUCUCAUAUAAAUUUAGUGAAAGAAUUAAGGAUUGCUCCGAAAGAUUAUCGUAACUAUGUACGAAUGAAUGAAGAAACUUAUUUAAAACUUCUAUCUAUGGUGACUCCCCUAAUUCAGAAAGAAGACACUGUCAUGAGAAAUGCUAUUACGACACAUGAAAGACUAUUGGCAACUUUAAGAUUUCUUGCAUCAGGGAGAUCAUAUGAGUGUCUAAAAUAUUCAGCCAUAAUAUCGCCUCAAGCUUUAGGACGAAUAAUUCCAGAAACAUGUGCUGCUAUAUAUAAAGUUCUGCAAAAUGAUUAUAUGCAGUUUCCCGAUACUGCUAAUAAAUGGAGAGAAAUUGCUCACCAGUUUGAAGAAAUUUGGAAUUUCCCUCAUUGUCUUGGGGCAAUAGAUGGGAAGCAUGUUGAUAUAAUUCCUCCUGCUGACAGCGGGUCUUAUUACUACAACUACAAAGGACGCCACAGCAUGGUUCUCAUGGCGAUAGUUGACGCAAGAUAUCGGUUUUUACUAGCUGAUUUUGGAACAAAUGGAAGAGUUUCCGAUGGAGGAGUGUUACAAAAUACUAAGUUUUUCCAAAAGUUGCAAAAUAAAAAGUUAAAUAUUCCAAACCCCGAAAAUAUCGAAGGCAGCUCAAGAUGUUUACCGUACGUCUUUAUUGGUGAUGAUGCGUUUCCUUUGAGAACCGAUAUGAUAAAGCCAUAUCGCCAAGGAGAUUUAAAUACCCACGAAAAAAAAAAUUUUUAACUAUAGAUUAUCUCGCGGAAGAAAUGUCGUUGAGAACGCAUUUGGCAUAUUAUCUUCACGAUUUCGCAUUUUCCGUACUCAAAUAAACUUAGAGCCAAAAAAUAUACAGAAUGUAGUGAUGGCUACUAUCGCUUUACACAAUUUUUUAAUGGAGCAUGUACCCAACUCUUAUGCACCUCGACAAUGUUUUUAUCAAGAAAACACCUUUAACGGGACAAUUGUUACCGAUGGGUACACUACUGCAAGGUCGAACAUGGAAAUUUUACAACGAAGAAAUCAUGGUAACAUAACUAAUGAUGCUAAAAUGAUCAGACAAGAGUUUCAAAAUGACUUUGUAAACGAAGGCAAAGUGCAGUGGCAGAACAAUUUUGUUUGAAAUGAAACAUCUAUCUUUGGCAUGUAUUGUAAAUAAGAUGAUAAUAGCCUCAAUAGAUUAUCAUUAUUAACCCUAUUUUGGUAACACCUAUUUAAAUGUACAAAAUGGUAGAAUGCAAAUAAAACAAUAUCA